CUCCAGAGAACGUCCCUGGAGAAAACAAUUUCCCAAGAGAGGAAAAAGAUAGCCACCAUCUGCACCCUGGCUAGGAACAAAAGCUCUAGCUCACAUAUCAAACGAGGCUUCAAGGAUGGUUUAAGAGAGAUGAAGGGUCUUGCGGGGAUUUUGAAAUCUGAAGACCCCGAGGAGGGAGAUGACAUAUAUGAUGAUGACAGCGCCGACGAUGAUCGGGACAUUAGCAGCACUACUGACAACCUACGGGUAUUCUGCUGCAGCUCCACUGAGUAUCAGAAGAUGACAAACCUGCUCGCCGAUGAUGGACCUCCGCAGGUGUUCAGUGACUUGAAGGACACCCAGAUUCCUGCCCUGUGGGACUACGUUCACGAGAUGACGAACAUCCAACAGCGUCAAUCCUUGGAGAGGCUCAUACACAACCUGGGCAGGCUCGUGUUUGACAUGCACACCUACAUCUCCGAGGGGUUGGACACGAUUGCAAGAGGCGUGGAAGCUGCCGGGAUUGCCAUCGAAAAAGAGCUAGAGAGACUGGACACCAACCUAGGUACCGUGUUACAGAAGUUGACUACCGACAUAGACCAUAUAUUUGACGGCAGUCUUAGACCAAAGAUUGAGGAGGGAGCGUCCAGUGCUUCUGAGGAGGCUAACAAUACAUGUGCCAAGUGGGGUGCGCCAUAUAUUCGAGGUAAAACAAGGAACAGGGGUGAAGGAGGUCUGAGUUGUCCAACCUACCAAGCCACCACCCGUCGAGAUGGGGUGUAUAAAUCACCCACAUUUGGACCAGUUGAUUUCAAUGAGGAACUUGCUGCACCUAUGUGUUGGAGCUUUGCCAUUGUCUGGGGUGAGGCAUUCAGUGAGACGCUGUGGCGGGUGUUUGAGGGUCUGCAGAAUGACAUCCGGACCUGGAUACAGGACUCCACUUGCAAACUACAGAAGCAGCUUGAGUCACUUGGGAUUUCAGUCAUCCGUAUUGACCGCCUCGCUACGCAGGUCAUUUGCUCUGCAAACAACAAGCUGACGGAGAUGGUAAGACACCUUAAGGACGUGGUCACGCCUCGACAGCGGGGCAUUUCCCGAAUUGUGACGCCACACAUCCAGACAACGAUGCUUGACGAGUAUAAGCAGUGUGCAGCUGACUCCGGCAAUGGGCUGUUUGGCCGCAUGAAGAAGUACAUGGCCGAGGGUAUCGAAAACAAGCGGAGCUCCAUGUUUGACGGGGCAAAACGGAUGAUCAUGGACGAACUGAUGAAACUGCGGGCGGAACUAUUUCAGCAUGUGAAGGGUGUGAAAGACAUCCUCAUCACAGACAUGAGGCGGGGCUUCGAACCUCUGUGGGAGGCCCCAUCUACGUCAUUGGUUGCGCGACAGGAAUUUGCAAAAGUUCUCGAUGAGAUCACAGUCAAAAUGCGAGACAUUUACCGAGAAGCUGGUAUUGCGAACACAGAAGAUGGGAAAAAAAACGCAGCCCCCACACAGGGGCACCUUGGUGGUGCUGCCCAGGGGUCCGGCAGUGUUACCACUGUUGCUAGGGUACAGGGGAUUUCCACAUUUGCCAGACAAUCAGAGUGGCCGACAUACACGGAUACAAUUCACAAGAAGGAAGACACUUCGUAUGACAUAGCAAGCACUGAGGCAUCCCUUAUGGCAUUUGGACAACAUACUCUGAAUGACUUUUAUGAAGAUCCUAUGGAAGACAGCCCCUUGGAGAUUGUUAAAUCUAGCCCAGCGGCCGUGUCACUAUUACCUAAGAUAGAACCCGAUGAAACACCUACGUUUUCCGAACCACAAGCAAAGAAGUCAAAACAGGAGGAAAAUCAGAGCACAUACAACCAGGCUAGUCGCAUUGCCCUAUCAAGCCCUUGUUCGACCAGGACAAUCAUGUCUACAAAGAUGAACUGUAGCCGAUCUGCCCCAAGUGGAGGGAAAGGCAAGGAGCCGGGGAAGGGGAAAGGAAAGAUGAGCAGCCUGUUACUCACCCAGACGAGUACGCCCAUACAAACCACACCAACUACCACUGUGGUAACAGAACCACAAGACAGGUCCAUACAAACUACACCAACUGUCACUGUGAAAACAGAACCACCAGUCACGGGAUACUCCGCAAGGCCCAAAGAGCAAUUGGAAUGAGAGAUUUCACAUAUGAGGAAAAAGAAAAAGAACUAUGACACAGAACAGAAAUACGAAUCGUGAAGUGUCAUUAAAUGUAUUGAAACUACUGAAGUUUGUGUGUGAUAUGCCACAUUUGGCUAUUGCAGGAAACAAAAUACCCCUCGAUUCGGAUAGUAUUAUCGCUGUAAGGUCGUUAUUUUCUUAUCAUUGUUUACAAAGUAUAGUGCAGGCUAAGGGAAAACAAUGUUCACGAUACUCGGUUACUAAACGAUACGUUGAGCAAUUUAUAUUUGGUUUGUAACCUGCUGAAAGCUAAGAGAUCAGAUUUUUAUAAAUAUCUUAAAAUAACAAAACAAAAUUUAGCUUCCUUUAAUUCAGUGUAAUUUUGUGUGACCAAGAAACCCUGAAAAUAACCCAAAAUGUAAAAAUCAACAAUUUAAAAAAAUCAUCUAAAAGGGCUCUUAUCGUAACAUAUUUACACCUCAACUUCCAUUCCUUAAAUGAACUGCCUUUCGGCAAUUGCGUUUAUCAAUCGAUGAACGCAACAUCUUCGGAUAAGUUCGGAUCGCAAUUCAUUGCAUAACAAUAUACAUGAAAAGAAUUGAUACUGUUAUUGUUUUUAUUGUGUUAGCAGGUCCCGUAAAAUAUAAAUCAACAUUUUAGAAAGUAUUAUUUUUUUAAUUUUUAAAUGAAUACUUGCCUUAAGUGUUUGAAUUUUACGUUUAAAAGUUAUUUCAAGUGGUUGA